CCAAGUAGUAGAAUCACAGAGGUGACAGGUAUCAGUUCGGUUUGAAUCUGAGGAGUAUUAUAGUCAACAUCCUCAAGAAGAAUCGAUACAGCGUAUCGCUAAAUUGAUUCCUCCACAAAGCAGUAACACAUCAAGUUUCCGAAGGUUACAGACUAAAGUGGAGUGGAUACUUGGAGACUCUACCAGACCUGUUUGUGUGAACUGAGUCGGACACAUAAUAGGAGGAAAUGGAUGAUGGGAAUGAAUCCUAUCUGGAGCCGGAGGAAGACAGAAGCGCAGAGCAUAUUGCGUUGAUGACAUGCAUUUUCGUAGUCAUUACUAUCGUCGGUGUAAUAGGCAAUGGAUUGAUCCUUUUGACAGUGUUGCUCAACUCCUCAAUGCGAACCGCCCCCAACGUUUUACUAACAAAUUUGGCUAUUGGAGAUUUACUGAUUCUAACAUUUUGGCUUCCUGACCAGUACGUGAAGACUCUAGAUGGCCAUUCAGAGAGCAUAACACAUUCAUCACGUUUCAUGUGCAUUGCGGUAGAGUCUUGUCAAGUGAUAUCUCAAAGCGUCAGCGCUCUCACUCUGACUGUUCUAAGCCUAGACCGGUAUUUUGUCAUCACCAGUACAACAGGACGGAGCGUCAGUUCUCUGUUAAAAUUUUACUUCGCUGUCGUUUGUUUUAUCUGGUUGGUCGGGCUUGGUUUCGCUUCUCCAAUCAUAUAUUUUGCAAAGUUUGAGCGCUUUUUGGAUAUAAUUAACGAUAAUUCUUCCUUAGCCUACGAAGAAUACAUGGAUACGUAUGUAUGUCAGCGAAUGCCCCUCUGGACAGUUAGUAUAAGGGUUUACGAGUUAUGCCGUGCAACAUUGCUUUAUGUAAUACCGGUUUUGAUCAUCGGCACUUCUUACUCACUGAUGGCGCGCAAAUUGCUUGGCAGUCUACACAAUGUGCGCCGCCUGUCGUCUAGAACAAGUAGUCGCAGUCAGCAGACAAGAACACGCAAGCGACUGGCGAUCGCUGUUCUUGUGAUCGCUAUUCUUUUUGCAAUCUGCUGGCUGCCGGAGAUGGCAAUCAGCAUCCUCAGAAGCAUCGACACUGUAUACGUGUAUAAUAUACCUACAGAAUUAACACAGGAUUGGGCCCCACUGUUUGUGUACAUAAACUGCUGCGCGAACCCCAUAGCUUUGGGGCUCACUAGUUUAACGUUUCGUCGAUAUUUCAAACGCUAUUUGCUAUUUGAGUUUGUUCGGAGCAUAAGGACGGAUGAUUCUACGGGAACCGAAUACCGUUAUAUUAGCCUUACAAAUCGACUUCAAGCCGUAAAUAAGCAGAACCGCACGGAAUCGAUAGAAUCAACGGAAGUUGAUAAAACGUAACUUGAAUAGACAGUUUAAAGUAGGUCAAAUGACGUCAUAGUUACGUGUACAAGAUCAUAAUGUAAGAAGACGAAUCCAAACGCAAUAUAAGAAUGUUGACACAUUCCGUCGAAAGAAAGACGAUACGUCCACAUGUGAAAAUGAAGUAAUGACGUCAACGACUAUUGAUAUCAGUUUUGUAUUGUCGAAUUUCUUGUUCAUCAUUUUGUUGCAGUAGUGUAACACAGUUUGUGAUGUGAUACAUUAGCCGAAGGAUUGCCAAGCCAACUUGCUGCUGCAUCUUACCUAAAAACACUCGCUAAGCAGACACGUGCCACGAUAUAUUUUUAAACAAAAAUAUAAUUACUUCAGGACAUUUACUUGAAUCCUUUUGAUCACACUUGUUUGUAUUCGUGAUUAAAAACGUGUAUUUUGAAAUCUUUGUACAUUUCGUACAUAUCCUACUACAUAAAUGUUAGUAAAUUUGAUUGCAUUUGAGAGGAAAAUGUUACAUUUUUUUUUCAAUGUGCAGUUGAUCGUAAUCGCAUGAAACAGUGAACAACAUUUUUUUUUCUUUUUUUUUUUCUUUUUUUUUCUUUUUUUGGAAAGCGUAUGACAUGUAUAAGUUUAGACUCACAAAAUAAUUUAAACCAAUUAGUAUGACCAGAUUUAUAGUAUAAAUUAGACCUAUUAAACAUUAAAAUAUGCCCGUUGUCAGGGGAAUCCUCAAUCGGUUCAUUCAGCCGGCCCACUGGGUCGUAACGUUGAUAAUAAAUUCACGAGAUUAUUUUCUGUAAAAAAAAAUUGAUGAAAAUGUAACCAUACUUAUUUAAAUUAUUAUAUUUCUGUUCCUAUCUUUAUGAAUGGUUGAACUUUUAUAUUUAAUAAAUACUAAAUUAUGAAAUCUAUCAGCUCGUAUAUAGACCUAUCAGAUUAGUUCUUAUGUGAAUUUCAUAUUUUAAUUUAUUUAUAUAAUCAAUAUUUGAUAGCUAAAUAGUGUCAAAAUAAUAUACAUUGAAUUCUAAAUAUUUUGUGUGAAAGUUGGUCAUAGUUUGUCAAAUAACAUGCUACAACCUAUGAAUGUAGUAACGCAUUAUACAUCUGCGAUACACCAGAAAUUCAUCAUCAUUACUUUAACCAAUCUAUAUUCCCAGAGACGCAGUAAAACAUAUCUCGGCCCUUGAGUUCCUACAUGGUGUUAAUGUUCUUAUAGUAAACGAAAAGUAUAUUUGAAUAAGAGUUAAUGUAUUGAAUAUAAUAAAGCUCGUGUCAUUCAGUGACUUAAGACUUUCUUUAACUACACGUCCCCAGGCAAAGUCGAAUCAGCGUAUAUUCAGAGACAGCUGCUAUUUACAAUGAUCUAAAUGAAGAAAUGUACAUAAUGAAAUUAUUAUUUAAUGUAUUUUCUUAUGAUGAAACAUCCUAUCAUACUGUUUGUAGACCAUCGUGUGCAAUGCUUUCAAUGCCGCUUUAUAUAGACAUAUUUAAUUAAUAUGAAAUUGGUAAGUCCGAUAAUUUUCGAACUUGUAUUUUUGAGAUAUGUGUGGUUGCCACUUCAAAGUAUAUUUAUAUUUCAACUGUCGUUAAUAUUAUGAUAUGUUCGGUAUAAGGCCAGUUGUAAGAAUAUUACUUUUUAACGGUGUAUAAUUUAAGAAUAUUAAGGUAAAUUUAAUAACGGUGACAAAUUUGAUAUAUUGAACAAGAUGAAAUAUUAUAAUGGACAAAUUCAGUAAAUGGAGGCAUGACAAGUUUGAUAACGUUGACGAAAGUACAAAUGGUAAAUUGUGGUAUUAGCAACUGUGGCGACUUUGACAAGGGAUUGGUGGAGGAAAUCUGAAUACGGUAGCAAAUUUGACUACGAUGGUAAAAGAUAAAUUUAAUAAUGGUGACGAAUUUGAUAAGAAUUUAAGAGAAUUUAAUUGAUAACUAUUACAUAUUUGACAAAGAUGGUACAGGAUGAAUUUAAUAAUGGUGACAAAUUUGAGAAAGGAUUAAUCUGGUGGUGACAUAUUCGACAAAGACGAGAGUGGUGACAAAUUUGAACAAAGGCGAUAGAAAAUGCAUUUGAUAAUGGUGAUCAAUAUGAAAACGAUGACAGGUAUUAAUUUAGAAAACGUGACAUUUUAAAAAAGACAACAGAGGAUGACUUUGAUAAUGACGGUAGAGGAUGAGUGAUAAUAGUGACGAAUGUGACAGCAAUGGUAUUGAACGAUACCGUAUUUGACAAUAAUUACGAACUUUACAAAGCUGAUAAAUUAUGAAUGUGAUAAAUUACUUGACAACGACAGCAGAAGAUAUAUUUGAUAAUGGUGAAAAAAUUGACAACGAUUGAGGGUGAAAAGAUAUGUAAAAGUUUAAUUUGACAACGAUGACAAGAUAAAUUUGAAAGCAGUAAGGAAUUUGACAACGAUGAUAGAAGAUGAUAUUACUGUAUUUGACAAUUGACAAACAGAUGAAUUUGAUAAAGUGACGAAUUUAACAACGAUCAUUAAAAUAAAUGUGAUAAUAGUGACAAUUUGACAACAACAGAAGAUGAAUUUGAUAAUGAUAACGAAUUUGACAAAGACGAUGAAGGAUGCAUUUGAUGACGAUGACAAGAAGAAUUUAAUAAUAGCGACAAAUUUAACAAGAUGGUAGUAAUGGUGAAUUUGAUAACGACGACAAAUUUGACGACGGUAGAAAAUGAAUUUGAUAAUGGGGACAAAUUUAAUGAUGUCGAUUGUAUAGGAUUAAUAAAGAUGGUAAAAGAGAACCAGUGGUAUUUGCAUGAAGUAGAUAAACAAUAAAUACAUAUUUUUUUUAUAUAUAUUUAAAGAAUAAGUUCAUAGGUGGCUCUUAAACUAUUCAACUGACAUGCAGCUCUAAAAAGAGAAAGUUUGUUCUAUACUUUUAAAGCAACUGAUAAUGUGCGAAUUUUAAAUAGAGAGCGUUUGAGUAUUAACAUUGAAUGCGUAAGUUAAUGCGAGAAUCCAGAAAUUAAUUUCUUUUAUUUGAUGAAAACGGUUCAUCAUUUGUGCUCAGAUUGAGACUAAAUUAAUUUAAUUUAAAAGUUCUUAUCUGCUUGCAGAUUAUUGAAAUUCUAUUGUAUCUCAUGUUAUAUUCAUGAAAACUCAAACUAUAUACACCAUUUAAUUAACAUGAGGAUAACAUACAAAUUGUUUUAGUUACAUCUUAUAAAUAAAGUUAAUCAAAUUAUUGCUUAGACGAUAUGAGUACGCGGCGCUUGUAGAAUAAUAACUUACGCAUACCAUUAAUUGCUUUGAAAGUGACAUAAUUAUGCCGCAAAAGGCUGUCUACAAUCUAUAUCCGUAUACCCUGGAGUUGUUCAUAAGUUAGCACGCUGACGUAAACAUCCAAUCCAAUCCAAUCCUGUUCCCCGUUACUUCAUUUCUCCACUUGUAAAUAAAGACACAUUAGCCGAUGGUAAAAAACGGAGGAUACACUUUAUUUGCCAUGGGAAAAAUAUACCGUCAUACUCUAUAAAUACAAGUGUGCAUGACCAAAAUCGAAUAAAUUGAAACAGAAAAGUGUAAAGUGAAUUUACUAUUACUAUAAUAACAAAAAAUCCAUUGAAAAAAAAAACUCUCAGAAAAGAGUAAAAUUGGCGUAAUAAAGCCUCCUCCUAUAGGAAGUCUCAUCAUCAUCAUCAUCAUCAUCAUCGCCGCGUCUCCGAAAAGUCAAACGGAAGUUUCGCUUCGGCCGCUUUAAUUAGUUCGUUGAUGAGCUUUUUCCAUAUAGGUCUGUUUUGUACUGGUGUUCUUAGUUUCUCCAUGUAAUUUUUAAUUUUGUAAUAUUGCGCUGGAUAUUGACUGUUGGCGAGCCAAAGCUUGUUGAGGUCGCUAUGGAGAGUUGUGAUUAUGGUAGCUCCUUGACGUCCCAUGAAUUUUCUGUUGUUUGUCUCAAUAAAAUAGAAGUUAAUUGCUAGGUUCGUAGAAUUGUUUUUGUCAAGAUGUGGCCCAAUUAAUCGCCAUCUCGAUUCUAAGAUUUCUAAUGAGAGGGGCAUCGCAGUACAUCGCUCAUAAAGGUGCCUAUUAGAUAUUUUAUUGUGGGGAGUCUAUUUACGGUAAAAUUUACCCCUCUGUGUUAAGAGUAGGUUUGUUAAAAGGAAAAGAAUUAUAUAGGCUACGUAAUAAAAUUUAAUUUUUAAAUACUGGUUUAGGUUAGGUCCCAUGCUCCCAUCCAGGAGGCUUAACCCUUAAGCAGCGUAAUUUAUCAUCAGGGUGGCAGACCUCUUCCUUUUACGUGCCGCCAUUCUUCCUUGCUUUCCAGCAUGUAGUCUGUAUUUUUUCU